GAAUCAGUUUUCCUGUAGCUCUAUUGUAGGUUAGAUGGAUAAUUUUAUUGUGGUUUAGUGUAGGCAACGAGAAGAGAAAAUUUUUGAUGUUUUAGCUUGAUUUAUCAAUUUCGUUUUAAUGGUCGUGAAAUUACAAUGUUCCUAAAGUAGGUAUUCCCUUACUGGUAAAAAGGUCCUAUUUGAACCAUUAUCCGCGGGGAAAAGUCAAUAUUACUACAAAACUCAACGUGACAAGUGCAAGGAUUGCGAAAAAUGUGCUGAGGUGUGAAGAAGGCAACAUGAAAAACUCAAUGCUAUGCCUUGAGUGGAUUACAUAAAUUUAGUUUUUCUUGUGGUGGCAAAGCAAGAAACGGCACGGAAGAAGAUAAAGUGAAACAGGAAAGCUCGAGUGGAAUGUAUUCUAUAGUAUUGUUCCUUUCUGCACUUGAAAAUUGAUACCUCGGCAUAAUUGGAAAACCCACAAAGCAAUAUCGAAGAAGAGAUAGUCGAUUCUAUUAUUAAAUCCAAGUGGCAUCCGCACACCUUCAAUCCUGGAGCAGCCGGAAGCUAAACGGAAAGUAUUUACAAUCAAUCAGCAACGUAGGAAUAGCAGCACCAGUAUGGAUAUUGCAGCAUUCGCUUCCACCAUGAGCCCCAAAACGGCUCCCACAGAUCAUGCUAGUCAACCGAAUGAUCUGACCAGUGGAGAAACGUCCGGUUCGUUUAACGGGGCGACUCCAUCGGAUGUCAGGGCUAACAAACUGAAAUCAUUUAUGGGUAAAACACCAAGCGCCAUCAAGUCCAAGUUUCUGUCCGUGCUUGGCAAUAGCACGGAAAUUAUCAAUGGCAUCUCGAAUAAGAUUGACGCGGCACUUAGUCUGUCGUCCUCUGAGGACACCGAGACGACAGAGAACCGAAAUCAGGCAAAGGUAGACACAAUGCUGCGGCAAAAGUACGAGGCAUCGCACUGGAAGCACCCAGCAGAUGAUCAUGCUGUGAGUCAUGAGGUCGACUUCGAGCUUCGCCGGGCCAAAGAGCGAAGGGCGCAUGAGGAGGUGCUUUCGGGGCGAUACAGAAAUCCUGCAUUUAGUCAUCCCUUUUCUAAUGGAGUAAGUAGUGUUCAGCCGUUUCCAGUCGUUGAUCGACAGCCAGCAAACAGUAUUAGCACUGAGUUUAGCCAUAGUAACUAUAGCAAUAAUUCCUGUUCCAUUGAAUCGAAAUCGCCUCAACCGACUUCUGAUGGAGAAAGUGACCUUGCAGUUGAAGUGGCCUCACAAUCCGUGCCAGUAGUGGAAGCCGUUCCGUCCGGCAAAGACCACGUUAGAGAAAAUAAAAUUGGUAUUCCCAGCAGUGCCUCAACUAGUGACAAUGAGUCCUGCGUGCUUAGUGCCACACUAGAAUCUUCUGAGCUGAAAAUGUGGAUUCGUUCGGAAUCGGAAAACUCGGUACCAUCCUGGGCGUCAUCGAUCAGUUUGGACAGCCAAUCGGAGGAAGCGAUACUGGAUUUCAUGAAGCGUUUUGUAAAGAUACUCUUCCGCGAGAGUGGCUCAAUCACCUUGGAGUUGAAGUCGGAUUUCGGGCAGUAUGCGCGGAUGGAGACUGGUCGUUUGUGGUUUUCCCGCUUAGUCAACGCACAACGUGCAAAAUCCAAGCGAGUGGACGAAUCGACGUUUUAUUCACUUGUCCAGUAUUUUGCUAUAGUUUUGUUCGAGUGUGCCGAAAGCGAGGAUUUCUCUCCGGCUAAGACCCUUAUGAAUAUGUGCUUUACUUUCUAUCAUGACAUUGACGUUCCUGGCUGUGAACCGUACCGAGAAUAUCUGUACACUUAUUUGAGAGAUCAACCAAUUUGGCAUUCGCUUCGUUUUUGGAAUGCCGCAUUUUUCGAUGCUCUACAAACCGAACGGAAGCACCGACCCGUGCUACCGACAAAGUCGACAAAUCAGCAAGGAAAAUCAGAUGAUGCGAACAAUGGACAUGUACUUGCAGUUCCAGAAAACGAACGAUCCUCUUCGACUAGUGCCUGCGAUCGAACUGACCCUUUCGAACUGCAAGAAGAUAAACAGUACCAUCAGAAUUUAAGCUUUGGACAGUUGGGGAGCUUCACGUGCAACAUGCACGCAUUUGGUCUUGGCCGAGAUUUGUGCUACGAAUUUCUUCACAAGCAGAGUGUGAUUGCAAAUUUGAAUGCUGAGCAACAAAAGCUUCUUAAGGAUAACGUUGAUCGAAUGUAUCGUGAGACCGAUCCAUGGCGUGAGAACUAACUUAUGACCAGUAACUAACAAACAUUUUUGCGCGAUACCUUAUGUGAAAUCUAAACUACUACUUCAAGUACUGGUCGUUCACAGGAUUACAGUUUUAUGUUUCUCUAGAUUGCAACAAAUUGUAGCGUAGGUUUAUGCUCUGAAUAGUUCCAGAAUCAUGCAUUAACAUGUAAGAGGGAAAGGGUUAACAGAUAUUUGUGAUAUAUUUUUGUGAUCAUUAGCAAAGAAAUGUCUCUUGAUAAUAACACUGAGUUGUUUUAUGUAACAGAAAAGCAAAACUAACAAAGAUAGAAUCGGGUUUCUUAGUAACAGUUAUGGCCACAAUUGUCGAUAGAUUUAGAGGAAAUGAUGAAGUGUAAAACGAUAAGUAUUUUCUACACAUUCCAAUUUAGAUAUUAGAACGUAAGAUCAUACAAAUCUGAUGCAAUAUCGAAUCAUUCUUAGAGUGGGUUAAUCGGUGGUUUUGAAAUGAUAAACUAAAUGAGAUUGGUAUGAAGUGACAAUAAAGCAUUUGUAUGGUUCGUAAGGUUAGCUUUAAACAAAUCCGAACCAGCAGGUACUGCUAGGAUCAGAUGUCCCAAAAUGUUUUACCGCUUUUUGAACAUUAGCUAGAGUUUUGAUACGUAGAACAGGCCCUAAUGGACUGCGGCAAGAUGAAAGUAUGAGGACAGCGGUAAGACGCGUUAGUAGAUAAGUGGAUCAUGAUGGGUGAUACUAGUUUAAACUGUAACGGAAACAUCACCAGAAGAAAAUUAUUACAUUUUUACCAUUUGUUAUCAUCCAGAUUGAGAUUCUGAGAUAAUUCAGAGAAAUAAAAAUUGGAACUUGACCAAAUAAUUAACAA